AGCUCAGUCGAGAAACAGCGAGUAAAGAGAGCUGAAAAAAUGGCCAGCCUGACUGCCACCGCCGUCACCGUCGUUAAACCCGCAGCCGUCAACAAACUCGCCGCCGUCCGAUCGUUCUCCGGCACCGAGCUCCUGCUCCGGCCAACUCGACGGAAUCUAGCUCUCAGGGCAAAGGGGAGGGUUGUGGCCAAAUAUGGUGAGAAGAGUGUGUACUUUGAUCUUGAAGAUUUGCCUAACACCACUGGUCAAUGGGAUUUGUAUGGCUCUGAUGCUCCUUCUCCUUACAAUCCACUCCAGAGCAAGUUCUUCGAGACAUUUGCAGCACCAUUUACAAAGAGAGGGUUGUUGUUGAGGUUCUCUAUAAUAGGCGGCGCCUUAAUCAUCGCCUACCUUAGCUCCACCGCGUCUGGCGACAUUCUCCCGAUUAAGAAGGGCCCACAGGAAAAACCUCAACUUGGUCCACGUGGCAAAAUUUGAUUGGUUAACUCAUCUCUCCUCUCUUCUUCUUCUUCUUCUCUCUCUCUCUCUCUCUAUGUAAUAGUGCUUAAAGGCACAUGUAUUAUGGUUGGGUGUAUUUUGUAACUAAGACU